CAGUAAGAACAUGACCAGAGCCUUCAAGCGUUUCCACUCGUGUUGAUGUCAUAUUCAUCAGACAGACAAGAACCACGCCGGGCCUGUCAUACCUCGGAAAAAUUGUACGGGUGUUGUGAGACCUCCUCCCUUGUUUACAUCAGAUACCAGUCAGUAUAUUACCAAACACUGUUGUGUGUGUAAUAGAGCUGCUGAUAGUUGUGUAAAGAGAAGAGCAGACUGCGAGUUUUCCAGUAGAGACGAGAGUGAGGCCAGUCUCUGAAAUGAAAGAAGAGAUGGAUAUGCGCGCAUCCUCCGCGUCUCUCCUGGAAGAAGAACUCGCCUCUGCUAUCGAGCCUGCAGUGAAAGCGGCUGUGCUGAGCGUCAUGUCUGCAUUAGCAAAGUUCGUGGACAGUAAAUGUGCAGUUUUCCACCUCAGACUGGACGAGAGAGACCACGAAUUCGAAAGCGUGAGAUUGCGAUUGGAAAUAGCGGAGAGCGAGUUGAAAUCGAUGCGGGGCGGAGAAUACACGAGCACUGGCGAUAAGAACUUUACACAAUCUCUCACGAACACCAGUGAACAAUACUGCGGGGUUGGGUUUGAUAUCAUUCAUGUACCCGAGCUGGAGCAGGGAGAGCGCAGUUUGGAGCACACAAGGGCAGCGGAGUGGAGACACGCAGUGGAAGGUCCUGCACAGAGAAAUGCUCUCCCUCAUGCUGAGGAAGGGACGAAGGCAGAAUCAGCUCCCAUUCAAGAGGAGCUCUUUGCCCAGGAAUGGUGCAGGAGUCCAAAGCAGGCUACAGAGCUGACAUCUAUUGAAGGGAAGGUGGAGGAGAAACCUGCACUAGAUCCUGAGCACAUUAAUGAAGAGAUCCCUGGAAUUGAACCGGUCAUCAUUAAAGAGGAGGUUCCUGAACUUGAAUCUGACCCCGUUGAAGAGGGGGGUUCAGACCACUUUGAAAGACGGCAGCAAAUUCACACAGGAGAGAAACUGCAUCUCUCUCUUGUUUGUGGGAAGAGUCUCAGUACAUCAACAGAGCUGAAAAGACACCGUCGCAUUCACACAGGGGAAAGACCGUACUGCUGCACUGAAUGUGGAAAGAGUUUCAGUAGCUCUGUAGAUCUGAAAAGACACCAUCGCAUUCACACAGGGGAGGCGCUGUAUUCCUGCACUCAGUGUGUUAAGAGUUUCAAACAGUUACAACAUCUUAAAACACACCAGCUAAUUCACCAUCGAAAUAAACUGUUUCACUGUAGUGGAUGUGAGAAGAGUUUCACUCAGUUAGAAACCCUGACAUUGCAUCAGAGAAUUCACACAGGAGGGAAGCUGUAUCACUGCACUGACUGCGCAAAGGAUUUCAAUACAGCAGAAGAGCUCAAAAUACACCAGCGAUCUCACACAGGAGAGAAACCGUAUCACUGCACUGAGUGUGAGAAGAGUUUCAAACAAGCAUCGCAGCUUAAAGCCCACCAGCGAAUUCACACGGGAGAGAAGCCAUAUAGCUGUAAUUACUGUGGGAAGAGAUUCAAUCUGUCUACAGACCUGAAAAGACACCAGCGAAUUCACACAGGAGAGAAACCUUAUAGCUGCACUGAGUGUGAGAAGAGUUUCAAUCAAAUAUCCCACCUUAAAGCCCACCAGCGAGUUCACACAGGAGAGAAGCCGUAUAGCUGUGAUUACUGUGGGAAGAGAUUCACUCAGGCAGGAAGUCUGACGUCACACCUUCGGGUUCACACAGGGGAGCAGUCGACUCACUGCGCUCAAUAA